GGAGUUGGGUUCCCCUGACUCAUGCAUAAAAUAUAGAUCUCAGGCAACGCAAACAGCCUUGUUGAGACGACGGAUACGCAGCCAGACAGACCGUCUUCUUUGAAAACCGGACAAAGACCCUCAAAGGGUCCAGUGUUUGCUUUGGAUAUGAACUCAUGGUUGGGGAACAAGUGGAGAAGAUUGGGCUGACGCUGGUCGAUGACGUCCUGUGGGCUCAGUCUGGCCCACAGCCAUGGAACUGUCACGAAAGCUCCAAUGGAUCCGCGAGCGGCCCUGGAGGGCCCGGGCCCGUCACAGGAAGUUCAACAGAGUGUCCUCACGCUUCCCAGACAUCAUGGCUGCUGGCACUCACUCUCCUGGAGGACCCAAUGGCAUCAUCAGGAGCCAGUCGUUCGCUGGCUUCAGCACCCUGCAGGAGAGACGCUCACGGUGCAACUCCUUCAUGGGGAACUCGGCAGUGCAGAAGAAGCCCAUCUCCAAGCCCAGGAAGCCCCAUCUGUCCGGGCAUAAAUCCAGCAGCAGCAGCAGCAGCUCACGAGAGCCACAGCCUAAACGUGUAGAGGAGGUUUACAGCGCACUCAAGCAAGGCCUGGAUGAAUAUCUGGAGGUGCACCAAACCGAGCUGGAUAAACUCACUUCCCUCAUGAAGGACAUGAAGAGGAACUCCAGACUGGGUGUGCUGUAUGAUCUUGACAAGCAAAUCAAGACCAUAGAGCGAUACAUGCGACGACUGGAGUUUCACAUCAGCAAGGUCGAUGAGCUGUACGAGGGCUUUUGCAUUCAGAGGAGGUUGCGUGAUGGCGCCAGUAAGAUGAAACAGGCCUUCACUGCUUCGCCCUCCACCAAAGGCACACGUGAGAGCCUGGCGGAGGUCAAUCGCAGAUACAAAGAAUAUACAGAGAACAUGAGCACUUUUGAGGGCGAGCUGGAGAACCUGUUGGGGGAGUUUCAUAUCAAAAUGAAAGGAUUGGCUGGUUUUGCCAGACUUUGUCCUGGUGAUCAGUAUGAGAUUUUCAUGAGAUACGGCCGACAGCGGUGGAAACUGAAGGGGAAGAUCGAAGGAAACUCUAAGCAGAGUUGGGAUGGAGAGGAGAUGAUCUUCAUGCCCCUUAUUUCAGACCUUAUUAACAUCAAGGUGACCGAGUUAAAGGGUUUGGCCACUCAUGUUUUGGUGGGCAGUGUGAUCUGUGAAACCAAGGACCUGUUCACCGCUAUGCCUCAGGUGGUUGCUGUAGACGUCAAUGACCUGGGAACCAUUAAACUUAACCUGGAGGUCGCCUGGUUUCCGUUUGACGUGGAGGAUCUGACUCUGUCCUCUGGGAACGUGAGUAAAGCCACUGCCCUUCAGAGACGGGUUUCAGUCUAUAGCCAAGGCACACCCGAGACGCCCACUUUCCAGGACACAUCUUUCUUUUCCACUUUACCAGAUGACGUCUUUGAGAAUGGAGGCUGCGGUGUGGCUGAAUGCAAGCGUCUGUCCUUCACCUUCUCAGACACGUCCACCUCAAGCCCCGUCCCUGUCCAGUCAAACCCUGAGAUUACAGUUACCCCUCCCGAGACGGACCCAUCAUCUGAACCACCUCCAACCUCAGAGGAGCAGCUGGUUGAGGAGGAGUGUGUAGAAGAAGACUGCGGCAGUAUCAGCGUCAGUGUCAGCGUCAGUGAUCCGGACCUCGAGUGGGACCAGGUUGAAACCCAGGGGCCUGAAACAGGCUCUGUGGCCCUCUCGUUGUGCUCUGAGAGUCAGCUUUCUGCAGUAGGACCAGAGGACGUGGUGUUUCUGGAGCCCAAUGUGUCUGAUGAAGCCCUGGAGCUGAAGCCGGUGGAGCUGGAUGGGGAGGAAGGCAGUCUGACCAGGCAGCUGGUGAGGAGGCUGACCUCGUCUGAUAUGCUGCCUGAGACCAGUGCUCUGAGCUGGGCUGGAGAGAACAGCAGGACUUUUAUGGAGAGCAGUCUGGAGGAGGUCAUUCAGUCGCUGCUCCUGCGGCUAGAGAGUUUAGGGCAGCGCUGCGGGGAACUGCAGGACCUGGAGCAGGAAGUCAUGAGACUUGAAGACCUGCUCAAGUGUCGAGUGCAUGCCCAUAGGAGCCGCUCAUCAAGCCUCAGUUUGACGGUAGAAAGCGCUCUGGAAAGUUUUGACUUCCUCAACACCUCUGACUUCGAUGACGAUGACACAGGAGAUGACGCUGGCACUCUCUCACGUGCUGUCUUCUUUGACAUGGAGUCAGAGAGAAUGGGGUCAGGUCAACAUCCAGAAGCGCGAGGCCAUCUGAGUGAAGCCCUCACAGAGGACACAGGCGUGGGGAACAGUGUGGCCGGCAGCCCUUUGCCCCUCACGACAGGAAACGAGAACCUAGACGUAGCCGUCGUCAUUCAUCUGCAAUACUGCAAUCAUCUCAUUCAGUUGUUGACUUCAGGAGGAAGCCAGUUACAGCAUAAGACAUACCUGCACAAACUAGCAACUCAAACUCUGCUGUUAGAGGAGCUCAGUGAGAGGAACUUUGACAGACCGAGCAGCUGCACUUCAGUGCCUGAUGUGCUGCCCGGGCUGGUGGAGCGGCCGGCGCUGAUGUCUCUAUGGUCCGACUGCAGCGGUGGGCUUUUCCACACCACACUAGACCGAGUAUUAAAGCACAUGCAUCUCAGCUUUGCCUUAGGACUGCAACAGGUUCUGCCUCACUCUCCUGACUCAGUGAUCAAGAUGGUGGUGAAUGAGAUGAUGGACAGGAGUGAACUGGCCUCCUCCUCAACUUCUCCAGCACAGGACGUCAUCACUGUGUUUCAGUUCCACCGCUACAUUGUUGAACACUGUAUCACAGACAUGGAGCAACACCUGCUGGAUUUAGCCAAAGAGGUCAUGCUUGAAGAAGCCCUGAGCUGUGGAGAUCCAGAACGCUCUCUGAAGGAACUAAAGAAAGUGUCCAUCACGUGUCUUCAGCCCCGUUCUCAAACUCUAUUGGCUGUGGCUGGUCUGCUGACCACUGAUGACCCUGAAGUGAUGAAGGCCACCACAGACUUCCUCUCCUCUGCUGCCUCACAUCAGCCCUUCAGGUCAAAGGCUGUUGAUUGUUACACACAAGCCUUAUCAGAAAGUGAGUUACACACACAGAGAGCUGCAUGUGCUGCUCUGAGCUGCCUUCAGGCUGUGGAGAGCAUUGAUGCUGUCAUUUUACUGUGUGACUCUGUGGAUGAAGAGCUCCGGCAGAUUGCUAUUGAAACCCUCCUCACUUUCGGUGAGGAUGGGCGGCUGGCAUACGAGCAACUGGACACCGUCCCGAGGGAGAUGGUGCGGCUGGGCACUCGGCGUGGAAAUGCGGUGACCACUUCAUUUUAGAGAAAAUACAAAAACUGGAAAUGGAAAAUGCAUACAACCUCCUAUCAAGGAGAAAAGUGAGGCCUCGACUUCAAUAUCAUGAGAACUUCUUCACAAGGCCUAUUUUUUGCAGGAAGUAAUUGUUGCUGAUUAAACAAAGAGUGUUUAUAAUUGGCAGUUGUUUGCAGUCGCACUGUCAGAAGCGUGUAAAUAGCACAGCAUAUUACAUUUCAAGUUUUUUUUUCCUGGGAUUUUUGUUGCUCUUUAUGUUUCAGGGAUUAUAAGGGACCGUUUUAACAAGCAACCGAGAGAGAGACUUUUAGAUUUCAGGUGUUGUUCAAACCCAGCCGGUCAUACGGACUACUGAAAACGUGACACGGACUGGUUUAUAAAUCGCUCGCUUGCCUUCACUGGUCAGGAGGAAGUAUUUCUUUGGACGGAGCCUUUAGUGAACAAAUGCAUUAACAUGGUACUAAUGCCUGGGCACAUGGGACGAUUCAACAAGGGCUGGUUGGAGCCCGUCGGAGUAUCUGAAAAUGCACUUUUACAUUCAGUCAGAGAAGCGUGAUGCAUUACUGUGAAUUCUGGUUUGUGCGUAAAUGAAGACUGGAAGUCUAUUUGC